UUGCAAAAUAGUUUUUUCAUAUACGAGUUAUCUGAAUCAAUUAGUACCCUAUUAAGCCCAUCGCAUAACGCGGUACCGCUCAGUCGGAUACUAGCUCCUACCAAACGACGAAUAUCUGAGAGUGAUGCUCAAAAAAGGGAAGACACUGAUGAAGAGAAUGGAGAGGUUUCAAAUCGUCCACAACCAGGAAGUUCGGAGUCUUUGGACCGACCAUACCAAGGAAGUCAUACAAAUUCCGGGCUGAAGAUUAUGAUCAAGUUUAAAAAUCGAUAUUUAGUCUGUAUCAGAGUGGUACACAAGAAAUCGACAAUCCUUCAGUUGAAUGGUCAAAUCGAAAAGGCAAACAAAGCCCAAGUUGUAAAGCUCGUGUUGGAGCAAGUGGCCAAAAAAUCGCGAUCCCCAUCAGAUAGCACAGAAGCGGCAAAUGAUUCGUGCAAUUUUUGUCUGGUUGUAGUCGUGGGAACGAGAGAGCGACGAUUGAAGGAUAAUUUCGCACUAUGUCGGAUACAGAGUCCGUGGAACAAAGGACGUCUCUACGUGCGAAGAAGAAGCGAUCUGCUUGCUGCAGUUCGAUAUGGAAAUGAAGCGCUUGUAUAG